UAUUCAGUUCACAAAGAUACAAACAUAGUGCUAGUUUGUUAACCUUAAGCAUUAUUAUUAAAUUUUAGAAAAAAUAUGGAGUAUAUGACCGAAUAUUACCUAAAUGCUAAGGCUCUCGCUCUUGUAGAGCUUGUUGAGAAUGGACAAAUUUUCUAUAAAAUCAUCAAUUUCGAUAAAAUCCUUAGCAAACCUAUUGUUAUAAAAUUGGAGAUUCCGGUGUGCGCAACUUUUCAAGAUGGGUUUGUGCGUAAGGCCAUAUUAAAAUCUAUUUCUAGUAUACUUAGCAGAUUGCUGACGUACAAAGAAUAUCUCGAAGAUAAACUUAAAAACCCAACGUUAAAUCAUCCAGGAACUAAGACUGUAGAGACGAAUAUUCGUAGAAGGCUGAGAUCAAGUGACCGAAGGAAUCGUCAAUUAAAUCAAAACACUACAACCCGAUGAUUUGUUAAGCUAAGAGAAUAAUGCAAUGCAGGGUAUGAAAUUAUUAUUGGAAAAUUUUCAAUGAAUUUUCAAUAAUUCAUUGAACAUUUUCAAAUGAUUUUAAUUUGUGAUAAACGUGUUCAUUUUUAACGUGUUUACAACACAUGUUUCUCACAUUCUUAAAAAAAAAU